CGCUUGGUACAAAGUUAAAUACUCCGGAUAUAAGAAAUCUUACAAACAAAUUACUCAUGACAAACGUGAAUUAUAUGGCGAGAAUGUAAAAAAAAAGCAGGAAACGGAGCAGUGUACUUAUAUAAGUUGAAGCGUUUCGGUUUUGAUUAAUUCUGAAAAACCCGAGACUCCCUCCGGAGCUGCUACUUCAUCUGGUUGUGGACCUGUGGUCGCCUUCAGAGCAUCAACUCAUAAAGUAAGUUCGGCACCUCAAAUCUUCGAAUGAUUGCAUGACGCAUUGCUAUUUUCACUUUUGAAACUUCGAGAUUAUCGUGACUUCUGUAUCUGCCUAACGGCCUGUCUGGAUUGUGUGUUAGCGAUUUAUAAGGAGGGUUUAGUUUUCUACUUUAUACCCAACUUUCUUCCCCAUUCUUCUUCCGCAGCAGACAAAGAGCCGGUUCUCCUACUUCACCACUUGCGACUCUUCUUCCAGCAGAGACUGUUCUUCUUUCUCCAGGAGAUGACUGCUUGUAUCGAGUGUCAACAGAAUUGUCUAUGUAUUCAUGGCCAACACAGUUCAAGUACGGCUAUCACUUCUUUCUUCAAAGUCAUGAUCAGCAAUGACUUCUUGGAAACUCUGUAUCUGCCUCCUAAAUUUGCCCGAGCUACAUCCUGUUUGACUGAUCAAGAAAUCUAUCUUGAAGACUCUGUUGGAGUUAAAUCAAAAGCUAUGGUUUCAAAAUGUAAUGGCUCACUGGCUAUCCAUCAGGGAUGGCACCAAUUCUCAUUGAACCAUAACAUCGAGAAGGGGGACUUUUUGUUGUUCUAUUUCUUCACAAGGCCAGCAAAGCACUUUGUCGUUCACAUAUAUGGACGGAAUGCUUGUCCCAAAACCAAUUUUGAUGCGCCAUUGACAGACAGAAGUAACAGAAGGGAAAGAACUGUCAAUUGCUCACUGGGACGAGGCAAGGUUGGGGGCACACAUGUGGAUUCAGUGAACGAAGAAAGUCCUGGUGCUUUGGGUAACAAACAUUGCCAGCCAUUAGCAAUAUCAUGUGCUCCAAUCAUUGAUGGAGGUCAUAAUGUCAAAGAAUCUUGUCCACCUGUGGAUUUGAAAGAGCCAUUUCAUAUGACUGAGCAAGAGACUGAAUGCAGACAGACAGGAAAUAUAGACCACAAUGACCUGUUGCAAUUUGAAAUGCUGGAAACAAGGAUUGCAGGGGAAAAUGACACUUGCUUGAAGGUUGUAAACGUACAUUCCGGUCCAGGUCAGCAAGACAUGCAGCGGGAAACAGAUGCAAGCUCUAUGAAUGGUGUCGUUUUCAUCCCAGCUAAGACAGAACCAAAUGACCCACCAAGCAGUUUUACAACAACCAGAAAUGAACUCCAUAAAAAAUCUCAAUUUGAUGGACAAAGUAGUUGUCUUAAAACCAACUCUGAUGCACCACCCACAGACAGAAGUAACAAAAGGGCGCGAACUGACAAUAGCUCACUAGGACGAGGAGAGGUUGGGGGCAUACAUGUGACUUCAGUGAACAAAGAAAGUCCCGGUCCAGAAAACAAUAAUUGCCAGUCAUUGGCAAUAGUAUGUGAGCAGAUCAGUGAUGAAAUCCAUAAAGAGAAAAAAUCUUGUCCACCUUCUAUGGAUUUGGAAGAAUCGUUUUAUAUGACUGAACAAGAAACUGAAUGCAGACAAGAAAGAAAUAGAGACCGGAAGAACCUGUCACGAUUUGAAAUGUUGGAAACACGGACCACAUGUGGAAAUAACUAUGGCUUAAAGGGUAAAGGUGUACCUUCCGAUCUUAUUCAGCAAGAAAUGCAGUUGGAAAAGGAUGCAAGUUCUAGAAAUGGUAAUGUUUUCAUCCCAACCAAGAAAGAACCAAGUGAUCCUCCGAGCAGCUUUGAUCCUCCAAGCAGCUUUACAAUGCCAAAAAAUGAACGACGUAGAAAAUAUCAAAUUGAUAGGAAAAUGAAAUCACAAGAGAAGGAACCAAUGCAAACGAGAUCACAAGGUGCAAUGCUAUCAAGAUCAAAAGUGGCAGCGAGCAGGCUUGCUGAAAGGGAGAAUGUUUUCUAUUUAGGAGAAUCCUUUCGCGGAGCGUCAGAAAGUGAAAAACCCAUAGUAAUUAAGGAGGAACUAAUAGAAUUUUUAUCAGAAGACACGGGCAAAAAUCUGAACACGACAAACAGCUACAGUAAAACAUUAAAAAGGGAACCUGUGGAUGAAGAAGAUAUUCCAGCAUCUGUUGCAGUCUCUAGAGAUUCGUAUUUGGUGCUGGUUGGCAGCCCUGAUUUUCUUGAAUUACCAGACUGUUGGCCGAAAACUGAAAGGAAAGAAAAUGAGAUCAUAUUUCUUAGAGACUCAGCAAAGAGAGUUUGGCCAGUUAUGUUAUGUAGGAGGAAGCAUUUUACUGUUUUGACAAAUGGUUGGAAAGAGUUCAAAGCUGCUAAUGAGCUUAGACCAGAAGACAGUUGCCUUUUCAAUCCCAAAAUGAGGAAUGAGUACAGCAUUGAUAUUAGACGUAAGGAGGAUGCCAAAGGAACCAUUGCCCCAGAAUUUGACCUCAGGGCAAGCACCUCCAGGCAUAGUGCAUUCUCUCCCCGCAGCUAAUAGGCCCACACCGAAGUACGGUUUGAUGUACUAACCCUCCUGAUUAAAAGGGUGAUGAAGUUCCAACAUGCUAUCUUGUCUAUAAGAUUAAUCAAAUCAGAAAAAGUGGUUCAGAGUGUAUCAAAUGUUCGAAUUUGUGAAGUGUUUGCCGUUGCUGACUGGUAUUUCAUUUUUUUUUGAGGGAAUGACUGGUAUUUCCUUGCUUUUAGAUUUUUCUUCAUAUUCAUGUGUUUUGUUAUUCUGGUCAUUGCUUCUUUUUCUUCACCAUUCUAAUUAUGUGUUGAUUCUUAG